AUGGAGAUGGACUCCCCGUACAUUGUCAGCUUCAUGCGCGCAAGCAAGCAGGCCAUGUCAAUCUCCUUCAAGAUCUUGGACUACAACGGCGAGACUGUAGUGACCGACACGACCGUGCAGCUUGAUGAUUUGACUUCCGGCACCGUGCCUACCUCGUGCGCGUGCACAUCGCCGAGCUUACCUUCGGAAGUGGUGGCUGUGUACGGUUCCAGCUACGGAACAUCGUGCCAGGCUUGGGACAAUGCCAAAUGCGAUGAGUGGUGGGGUGACAUCUCAGUCGGCUCCUGGUGUUGUCGGCCCUGGUGCUAUGCAUCACAGGACUGCCCGGAUUCAUACCGAAGUUCUGCGAUCCCGGGUCAGUACUUCAGCUAUGCUGCAUGCAAUUCUGUGAGCGCGGUGUCGCCUUGCACAUGGACAACUGUGGCUGCACAAAAUGACCCGUGCCAAUGCAAGAACUUUGCGAGCGUGUUCAGCACGGCUAUGAAUGCCACUUUUACAAGUGAGUACGGAGCCACUUGUGGAACAUGGGACAUGCAGAACUGCGCCGUCAACUACCGGCCAGACCAGGUAGACACCUGGUGCUGCAAAAGCUGGUGCUAUGUGGACAAGGCCUGUUCCACCGCGAAGCAGUCUCUGAACCCCGGCAUGGAGGGCAUCCUAUUCUGGUCGGAGAACAUUUGCCCAGAUGACCCGGUUUUGGUUGCACAGUGCCCUUACAAGCCGACACCAAACGUCUCUGCAAGCGACAGCUCAUGCAAUUGCACGAAUGAGAAGAUGCCCACCUACGACCUCCUGAAGGCAGGCUUGGACUCGACCUAUGAGGACUACGGCCGGCAGUGCGCUCCUCACGAUGCGACCGUCUGUGACAUCACUCACCCAAGUGCAUCGCACGGGAUGUGGUGCUGCAUGUCCUGGUGCUGGGUUGCUGAAAGUUGCCCCACAGCGCGGGCAUCAACCCUUUGGCCAGGAAAGUUCUUCAGCACCACUGGAUGUGAGAUGGAUGCGGAUGUUGUGUCUGGCUGCAAGUACGACUUGACAUCCUGCGCGUGCCGCGGCACCCUGCCCAGUGGGACGCUUCCCAGUGGAUUUGCCAGCAACUAUGGCUCGUCAUGCUCGCCGUGGGAUGCCACCGGCUGCAAGGCGACCUGGAGUUCGGAUGCAGAUUCGCAGUGGAAUACCCAAGCUAAUCACGAGUGGUGCUGCGAUUCCUGGUGCUACGUCGACAAGGCGUGCCCAAUCGCUAAAGAGUCGUGGCUUGGCACCGGCUACUACUUCAGCUACGAGACGUGCGACGAUCUUUCCACGACUUACGUCGAGUCUUCCGACUCUUGCGUUGCAAACCGGAGGCGCGCGGUGAGACGACUUGGUGAACUGGUGACGCAGGCACUCGGAGAGGACGUGGAAACGGAAGGCGAGUCCGCGCAGCAGCGUCUACUCUCAGCCCGUCGACGUGGUGGAUAUAGCUCCUCUACCUCGACCACCCGUCGACGACGCUCUCCCCCUGCACCAGCUACGACUCGGAGAAGGCGAACUCCUUCGGCACCGUCAGCAUACAGCACUCGUCGCAGAGCUACUCCGACCACGCCCCGGCGCCGAGCAGUUCGCCGGAGAGCACCUCCUCCGCCACCUCCGCCAGUAACAACUUCCCGGCGCCGAACCCUUGGCAUCGACGGUCAGUCUCAUACCAUGACUCCACGGCGCAGGCGAGCUCCAACUCCCACUCCUUCUCCCACCAUCAGUCCCCGGCGACGGGCUACGCCUACACCGACUCCGACGCCUUCGCCAACUCCCACUCCCACACCCACGCCAACCCCGACUCCUUCGCCAUCGCCUUCUACCACAACGAGGCGGAGGCGCAGUGUACCAUAUGGUUACACUAACAAAAACCAAGUGGCGAGCAACCACGGUGGUACGAUGCCCCACCAUACUUCCUACGGAUACUCCGGCUCGAAUGCUGUGUCAGCCAACCAGGAGACUAACGUGGCCAUGUAUGCUGCAGGAGCAGCGGCUGCUGCUGCAGUGGUGGGUGCUGGGGCGGCAUAUGCCUACAACAGCAUGUAUGGGGAUGCAUACGGCGAUCACCGUCGUCGCCGAGCAAAUUCUUUCGAACAGCCGGAUCUUUGCACUGUGACAGCGCCUGGGGAGCGAAAUGGUGACUUCAUGGAGUGCCAGAAGUGCUACGACCACUACAGCAUCUCCAACUGCGUCUCUGCAAAAUCUUGUAGCACCGCAACGGGGUGCAGUUACAAGCCACCACAGAGCUUGAGCCGCGAUGACCUGUCAGCCACAGGGUUCAUCCCCAGCGGCUACACCUUUCCGCUCCGCGUCGUGUUCACCAACAUCUCUGGCGCUGGAAUUGUGACCGAUCCUCUGUCAGGCGGCCUGUGCCCUCCGACGACUCCAGAGCAAGCAGAUUUUGUUGAGACAUUCAACAAAACCAUGUCGUUCAAGCCGGAGCUGUUCCUCGUCCUGACCAAGCAGACUGCACUCCGUGUCCCGGAGCCAUGUGACACAGACACAUCGACCACCUGCCGAAGCAGCUCAAUCUGCUAUGCCAACAACUCGGUCUGCGUGGACGGAGUUUGCCUUUGUGACACAGGCUACUGCUGGGACGGGUACACCUGUCAAACGCAGGGCCUGACAAGUGGAACACAGGGCUCGGUGUUCAGUCUGCUGACCUUGCUGGCCAUCCUGCUGCGGCGAGCUGUACAUCUUUGA